UAGAAAAUGAAUAAUUUUAAAUACAAAGAUUUUGAGUAUAGAUAGCAAUAUUUUUUAAUGCUCAUAAAUUAAUUAUACUUAUUAAUUUAUUUAAGAAAUUAAUAUACUUGGAAUUGAAUAUCUUUUAGCUGUACUUAUACUAGAUUUUUUAGAUAUAUACUUUUGUUUCUAUUUUAGAUGAUGGCAAUAAUGAUAGUUUAAAAACAAAUGUAACUGAAAAUAUCAGUGAGUACGAACCAACUGAUGAGGAAACUCGAAGUUCAUCAGAAAUUAAUAACACAGAGAUAACGGCAAAUUCGAACAAUAAUACUAAUGAAAUAAGCAGUGCACCCAAAAACAAUGAAUAUAGUCAAUUCAAAUUUAAUGUUCCUGGAAAUAGUGCAUGUAAUGAUUUUGAAUUAUCUGCUGAAAUGUCAAAUGGUCCUAAAGGUAACAACAAAAAAAAUUUGUGUAUUUUGCCAUACUCUACAAAGUAAAAUAGCGCGUCAUUUGGAAAACAAACACCGCGAUGAGGAUCAAGUCAAAGAUUUCUUAAAUUUACCAAAAGGAUGUGCUGAACGUUUAUAUAAAAUAGCAAGUAUAAGAAAAGAAGGAAAUUUUAUUUUCAAUGCAACAAAGGAGUUUAAUUAUGGUAGAUUGAUAACUGUUAGAAGACCUACACAAAAAACGAAACAGAAUGGUACGAAUUUUGUUAAUUGCCCUUACUGUAAUGGGUUUUAUGCGCGGAAUAAUUUAAGACAUCAUGUCCAACAAUGUAAUAAGGAUGAAAAUUCAAGUGCUCGAACAACUUUACAAAAUGCUCGAAGAGCUCUUGGCAGAUAUCAUUCAGAAACAAGCAGAAGAAUGAGAGUAGAAAUAUUGCCAAUCUUACAAGAAAAUGAAAUAACCAAAGCUAUAAGAUAUAAUCGUGCAAUUAUUCUCUAUGGAAAUAAUAUGUGCAAAAGCCAUGUUCAUGAACAUCAGAAUAACUAUAUACGGGCUCACCUACGUCUCCUAGGUCGUUUAGUAUUAGCUUUGAGAAAUCGAAACUCUGAAAUUAAUACUUUAGCUGAUGCAUAUGCUCCACAAUUUUACAAAAUGAUCAUUGAGGCAGUCAAUGACGUUGCAGAAUUUGAUUAUAAUACAAAUAUGUAUAAACAUCCAACUAAUGCAUCUACUCUUGGUGGUACCUGUAUAAAAAAAAUCGGCAAAAUCUUAGAUGUUAUAUAUAUGGUAGACAAUGAUUUAAUAAAGCGGAAAGAUGUUGAGGAUUUUAUGAAGAUUUAUGAUGUAGAUUUUAGUGGAACUGUAAAUAAGGUGGUAAUAGGAACCCAAACAAAAAUGAAACGACAAAAAAAGAUAGUAUUGCCUCGAACAAGUGAUAUUAAAAUUCUAAGCGAUUAUUUGAAAAAAAAAAUAAAUGAGAAUAGUAAAAUAUUAUCAAAAGAAUUUUCAUACGAAGCAUGGAAAGCAUUAGCCGAGGUAACUCUUAUAGCCAUUCAAGUAUUUAAUCGUCGCAGAGCCGGAGAAACUGAAAGGAUUUUAAUUAACGACUAUAAAAACUAUGAAUGCGCCUGUGGUACAAAUGCUAUGUGUAAAUCUUCCAAACAAACCGACAAAACUCAUAACUAUGUUAGAUUUACUAUUCGCGGAAAAUUAAAUAGAACAGUUCCAGUGCUAUUAGAUACGCAAAUGUUAGAAAGUAUUCAACUCUUGUUACAAUUUCGAAAGGAUGCUAAGGUGCCAUCAAGAAAUCCUUUUUUGUUUGGAUUACCUAGUGUUAAUAAAAGACACUAUAAACAUUUACGAGCUUGUAGAUUAAUGCGAGAUUUUGCAAGUGAAUGUGGAGCAAAAAAUAUUUCCACACUGCGUGGUACUACCUUGCGCAAACAUGUUGCAACACAAUGUGUGGAUUUAAACUUGACAGAUAAUCAAAUAACGAGGGUAGCAAACUUUAUGGGUCAUCAUGAACACAUUCACAAAGAGAUUUAUAGGCAACCCGUUGCUAAAGUUGAUAUACUAGAAAUGUCAAAGAUUUUAGAAAAAGCUCAAGGAGUGAAUAUGACGACAACCUCUAACGAAACUGAUGUAACUAUGAACAGUGAAAACAAUAAUCUUUCCUUCAAUAAUCAAGACAUAUCACAGACAUUUGUCGAUACAAAUGAAGCAUCUACUGAUACUUCAAUAGAAACAAAGGAAAAAAAGGAAGUUUGGAAAAAAAAGAAACAGAAA